AUGAAUCCUUCCUACCAGCCCAUCAGCAUGCAUCUGACAACAUCAACCUCGCACAGAACUCGCCCGUCGACACAGAUGGUGAACAAGAACUCCCAGGACCGACAAGAUGAGGCUCGUCUGUUGGGAGGCUCAUACUACAAGGACCCUCAAGCCGUCAAGAUAAAGGCCGGCGCAACAAUGCCACCCAAGACAAAGCCAGGGAAGCCAGGGGCCAGUUAUUCUUUCUCGCCAUCAGACAAGAUCACCAGUAAAUUUCGCACAAGUCCACCAGCUCGUGCUCGAACGAAGCCAAAAGAUCAAGCUUCAGGCAUGCGGCGAAACCCAACGCUCCCCGAAGAUCCAUUUGAAGAAUUGAGCCGGCCAAAUAAGAAGCAGCGCCAAGGUGACAGCUCUGGAUUUCGCUCAACCGCCACAGCAGAUGCCACAGUGGAUCAUUCUCGCCAGGGGGCCAUGAGUCGCAGUGUUCAAAACCCCAAGGCGAAACAAAGGUUAAACACUGGACCCCUCCAUUGUGCCGAUGAACAAAAAGAAGCGGAGAAUGAUAUUUCAACCUCACCGAGCCGUCGUCGGACUCAUGUCAACCAGUCCACGGUUGUCAAAGACCCCGAUGAGGAAUUCACUGGCAAAGCUGCGCAACAACGACGAGAUUUACUCAAAAAAGUGGACUCCCAAGCGCCUAAGACCAAUGGCAAACGCAAAAGCACUGAUCACCCAAUUACCAUGGACAGGGUUGAGAUCCCAACAAAGAAGUCCAAGAGGGACACGACUGCUACUUCUUAUUUGAGUCGUUAUAGUUUCAACGGCAGGGAGAGUCCUGACGAGUUACAAGGCGACAUCACCACACAUCCCAGGAAAUCCACGACAGGGAAGUCCGCCAAAACCACACGUUCUCGUCCUUUGAAGAGCGAACCGCAACUCGAACUCGUUACCCAGAAGCGAUCUUCAUCCGACAUUCAACCUACGGUCUUCACUUCGCCACCACAGGGCAAUAAGAAGAACAAGCGCUCAUAUGCAAAACUCCCCAAAAAACCAUUGAAAGCAUCUUAUUAUCUAAUCGAAUCAUUCACCAAACAAUGCAGUGAUGGGAAUUCCAUUCCAAUCUAUGUCACAGAUGAUGGGUUUGAACUUCGCGCAGACUCUCUCGGCUUGGAUCAAACUCUCAAGAUCCCAUCGGAUCGGAUCACCCACCUUUACUACAGUCAUGGGAUGACGCAGACGAAAGUUACAUUGAUGGUGUCGCAAUAUAAAAAUGAUAGUGAUCAAAUAUUUGACCUUGAGUUUUGCAAAAAGGAAGCGUCGGGCAGCAUGGCCUUGUUCCACCAAUUACUCGAUCCACACAAUGUUCCAUUCGAUAAAAAAGAUGAAGUUGAGAUGAAUGCCGAAUUUGCAUCUCAUGCAAAGAAAUCUGAACAUGUGGCUAGCCAGACCCUGAUGUCUCUGCACGGCGAUAACUCUGAUGUUGUUCCCGCCAAACAGAGGCAACGUUGCAAAAUCUCUGGUCAGCUAAGAUUGGCUGAUGGGGAACUUUCCGUUGCAAAAGGGACCAGGAGUGAGCGCAUCAAGAUUCCCGGAAAUGGCACUGGCAAGCCCCGAAACGCCUCUCCAGAUCUUGGUAAAAGCCUGAAGUCAAUAUUGGAUGACCAAAAACUUCAAUCUACCGCCAAAGAUGCCGCAACUGAAUUCGAGAUACCCGUGGAGCCAUUGGAACCCACUGGCCGUGGGACCCGAUCUCGGACAUGUCGCGAAGUGCCCAGGGCGUACCACCGCGCAACGAACGGGUGUGGACCAGCCAAUAAGGAUCAAAUUUCUGGUCUUCUCGAAAAUGACAGUUUCCGUGAACAUUGGAAGCAGCCUUUGGUCUACCCGCCAAAUGGAAAAAAGAAGGCAGAGGUCAAUAUCGAAGACCGUGACCGGCUCCGCGAGGACACAUACCUUAACGAUAACCUCAUUGCUUUCUACAUGCGUUUUCUCCAAGACAAUCUCGAGCGAACGAACCCAGACGCAGCAAAGCGUGUAUACUUCUUCAAUUCUUAUUUCUUCGCAACUCUCAGACCCCAAGGCACUUCUGAAUUCAAUUACAAAGGAGUGGAAAAGUGGACCCGGAACGUGGACCUCUUCGCCUAUGACUACAUUCUAGUGCCUAUCAAUGAACAUCAGCAUUGGUACGUUGCCAUCAUCUGCAACUUGCCUGGCCUGUCAUUGGAAGAUGCGGAGCCGGUAGACUCAGAAGAGUCAGCUCAGACAUCGUCUGAAACCAAGGAAACAGAGACACCACACUCAGUGGAUGUGCAGAAAAUCGACGAAACCCCGGAGCCGGAGUCAGAAUCAGAGUCGGAGAAUUCUGCUAAACCAGCUGUCGAGAGGUAUGCCAAGACAUCUUCCGAACCUUCAAGAGAAAAUCAUGUUCGAAGACACCGUGCUUCUUCAUCGGCAGAGGAGCAAGCGCCUGCAGCCGAUGACACAAAACGACCAGAAAGAAAAGCACACCUUCCCUCUUCCGAUGGAGACUCAGAUGCCGAUGAGAAUCCAACUUUGGGGGCAAACUUGUCAAAGGUAGCGGCUCAACAGCUUGCCCAAGACGAGACUGCGGCUUCUCAGUCAACAAAAAGUUCCGGGAAGAAGAAACGGGCAGGGCCAAAGCUUAGCCCGAACCAGCCAACGAUUAUCACUUUUGACUCCCUUGAUGUCUCCCGUUCCCCGACUAUUAAAGUACUUCGCGACUACAUUUCGGCAGAGGCGAAGGGCAAGCGUGGGAUGCAAAUCAAACCCAACGAUAUCAAGGGGAUGCGGGGCCGGGAAAUUCCCUUGCAACCAAACUUCUCAGACUGCGGACUUUAUCUAUUGGCAUACUUGGAAAAGUUCACACAAAGCCCCGAUUGGUUCAUUGCCAAGGUCCUUCAGCGAGGCAUGGAUUCUGACAUUGAUUGGCCUCCUCUGGGAUCUGGUCUUCUUCGGUACCGCCUGCGAACUUUUCUUGACGAUCUCUACAAAGAGCAAAUCCUCACGACCCAGGGGCGCAAUGAACCGAUUAUGGCAGACCGAUUACCAAUCACUUUCUUGCUUGGUCCACCCAUGCCCCGCCAGAGGAAUAUCCCUACGGAUGAAGCAGUACCGCAGUCGCGACAAGAGGCCCAGCAGGAAGUCGAUCCGUCACGCACUACCCCAAGGGCGGAAUCCACACCCGUGGAAUCUGGGACACCGAAGACCACUGAAGACCACGACCAUGAUUCGGUUGGCGAUCAGCUGCACAUGGCAUCGAUGGGAACCCCCCGAGCUCUAAACUCCAAGAACCCCUCAGCUAGGAAGUCUGAAAGCCACCGGACUUCCACGAAAAAGCGGCCAAUCAUCCAAGUACCCGGUAGCCAAGAGGAGCUGGAUGAUCAUACACCUUCGCCCGCAGAAGCUCGCCGAAAGCGACAGAAUAUGAGGGGCCUAUAA